CGCUCGGCCGAGGCGGAAGGCGAACACCUUGCCUGAUCCCUUUCGUCAUCCGCGCGCCUUCGCUCCGACCGACCGCGUUGGACUCGGCGAAGGAGAGGAUUCUCUGGGGGACCGCAGGGACGCAUGCCCGGAGUUUGCUGCGGAGGGAAGGCGUCUUGCCAUGCGAAGGGCUUCCCUGCUCUUGAGAGGAGGAGAGCCGGCCCGGUAAUUAUGGUCAGUCAUGUCGUGGCUGGCUUGCUGGCUGGAUGAACUCCAGCGGUUCUCGCUGCUCUCCUUGUUUACGGCUGCUUUGGCCGUCCUGACCAUCUACCUGGUGCAGUAUGGCCUGAGCGUCCUGCGGCAAGGCGGUGGGAAGCCGCCUCUGCGGCCGUCGCCUCCCGGACUUCGGCAAGAGGACGAGGAGGGCUCCCUUUUCACCUGGCUGCUGUCUCUGAAGAGCUGGAGGAGCGAAUGGCAGAAAGCCUGGAUCGCAGCGCUGAACAAGGAAGCCGAACUGCGGGAGAACACCUGCUUGUUAACAUUUGAUGAAGAUUCAGCUCAUCAGAAUCAAGAACUUAUGGUACAAGGAGCAGUAAGUCUGGUAAAAUCUGCUGAAGAAAAGGUGGUUUCCUGUAAUGUAAGUGGAAAUUCCUUCCAUUUUCUUGUCAGUGUAUCCCAAACUUCACCUCUUGUUGGAGAAUGUCAGUCUUACAGUGUAAAACUAUCUCCACUUCAUUUGCAGCUGAAACUUUCAGCAAAAUCUAAAGAGGAAGACAUCCAGAUCAAAUGGUCUUGCAUUUACUCCUCCGAAACAAAUAUUGAAGUCAAGCCUACUAAUGUGCAAAAGGAUCAGACUCUUGGGACAUGCACAGUAUCAGAAACAUUUAAAAGCGUGUUGCAGAAUCUCCUCAGUUGCACAUCUCCUGUUGUGAUUCUGAGUACAAGAUCUACUGAUAUAAAAGGAGCUCAGAAUGUACAGAAUACAGGGGCUAUCCCUCAGGGUACUAGUCCUCCUAAGCCCCCAAGGGCUCAUGAACUAAAACUGCUCAUGAAAAACAUCAACGCAACACUCACCAAUCAUAAUACUGCAGGUAUCGUUAACCCUAUGUGUGUAGUUCAGCUCAAUGACCCUUUACAGAAGUUUUAUAGCUCUUUUGCCAAUUAUCCCAUGGACCUCUCUUGGAAUGAGGAGUUUGUUUUUGAAUUAAAUGCCAAAUCAAAAGAUCUACAAAUCAACAUUGUAGAAAAUGGGGAGUCAGAUGGUGACUCUUCCAUUUCUGCUAAAGUUCCUUUGGAUUUAUUCAGGAAACAGCCUUCUGGAUUGCAAAGUUUUGCACUGAACAGCCAAGUCAGCAAUAAUACCUCUGCAGUAGGAUCUGUCUCUGCAGAGUUCUUGUAUAUAGAACCUUCAGAAUCCAAAUCACUGCAAGUUCCUACGAAGCUUCCUGUUGCAAAAGUAGAAAAGGAUCGAACUGUGAUGCCUUGUGGGACUGUGGUCACUACUGUUACUGCUGUGAAAGCCAAGACUUUAGUAGAAGGGAGAUCAUCUGUUCUGCAUUCAGAUUCACCAGUGCAAAGUCCUGCUAAACUGAAAGGGAUUGAAAAGGAUUUAUCCAUUCAAGCAAUCCAUUGUCAGAAUGUUUCAGUGAGCAAGGCUUUAUCUUCUUCAGAUACUGAGUUACUGGUGUUGAAUGGCACAGAUCCUGUGGCUGAAGUAGCCAUUCGACAGCUCAGUGAGUCUGCAAAGCAAAAGCUCAAAUCUCCCAGAAAAAAAAGCACCAUCAUAAUAUCAGGGAUUUCAAAGACUAAUUUAUCUCAGGACAGCAAAACUGCACUCAUGAUGGACUAUGCAGCAGCCAUGGAUGGCUCCUGUAAACACGAUGAUACUUCAUGUGUUGAAGGGUGUCUUGCACAAUCCCCUUCUGAUGAAAAAUUAUCACUGUCUGCCUCCCAAACAAUAUCUGCCCUCGAAGAACCCCAGGAACACAGCCAUGGUGCCUGGACUUUAGAUGACAGUAGCCGUCAAUGGCACAACGCACUACUAGACCAAGACUGUGAUAAGAUAUCUGGGAGCUCUGUAAGCAUCUCAGAAUCUGAAACUGUGAAGAAAUCCAAAGGUGGAAUAUUAAAAAAGAGUGCGAAGUUAUUUUUUCUUCGACGACACCAUAAAAAAGACCCAGGAAUGAGCCAGUCCCAUAAUGAUCUCUCCUACCUACAGCAACCCAGAUCUGAUGGUACUCAGAAAAAAGGAGGAACCUUAACACGAAUUCUAAACAAGAAAAUUACUUUCAAGAGCAAAACCAAACUGAAUGGAUCAUCAGUUGGAUCGUAUACAUAAAUUCUAGAACCUGCCAAAUUGUAUCAGCUGCACAUGACCAAUUGUUUACAGAAAAAUAAACUAUGAUAUCCAGAAAUCAUAUGAUAUUUCUAUGAUAUCCAGAAAUCAGAAGGGGUCUGGGAUCACCUUUGCAGACUAACACAUUUUAUUAAAAGCUAUACACUUUCAGAGACUGAUGAAACAAGCUGCAGCUCAUGCAAGUAUAUAGCCUUUAGUGAAGUCUGAAAAGGUGCUACCAGAUUCCUUCUGAUUAAUGAUCUGAGAAAUGUUUUACUUUGCAACUGUGUUUAUGUUUGUGCACACAUGUAUGUAUGUGUAUAGGAACAAUUCCUAUUAACUGUUAACAAUUAAGCAGUGGGGCUUAAUGCCAGAUAAAAAUGCAUAGUAUUGCAGCCUUAAGAUGUUUCUGGAGGGAAAAUAAAAUAUUGAAUCAGGAAACCUGAUACAGUAGUUGAUAAACACAUGUAAAAUGGUAUUGCUUUUGAUAGAUGCUAGUAAUACAAGCUGGUAAUUUAUAUAAUUACUUAUUAGGAAUCUAAUUUUGUUGUUCUGUAGAUAUCCUUUUAAUCUAGGAUAAAGUGCCCACAAAUUAAGUGAAGCUUAAUUUUCUUACUUCCACAAUACUUGGAAACAGCAUUGCCAAUAUUGCAAUGUGCCUUGGAAGCCUAAGAUACAGUAUAUAAAUAAUUUAAUAGCAGCAUACGGAGGGGUAACAUUGAGUAAAGCAUGCUGAGUCUUUUUAAAUUCCCACAGUCGUAUUUCUGCUUUGACACAGAUUGCUUCUUAGAAAAAAACAAGGGGAAGUGUUCCCCAUUUCUUUAUAUUGGAUAUUCUUCCUUAUUAAUUGAUAUUUUUUUAAAAAAUACAUUCCUUAGUGAUGUUGUGUAUUUUACCAAAUAUUAAGUAUUCUGACAAAUAUAUUACCAAUAAUUUUGGUAUAUGUGGCUUGAUUGUAGAUUAUAGAAUCAAGUUCUAUUACUUUUAUUCAGGGAGAAUCUGGUGCCAGUUCCAUCACUGUGGUUUAAAUCAAUAAAUGAAGAGGGUUCAUUAAAA